AUGACUACCCAGCCUCAACCUGUAUCCCAAAUUCCUGUGGAGCCUUGGACGCCUCCGAAGGAGACCCAACUGAAAGACCAAGUCAACUGGGCCCCUCUGUACACGCUGGAUCUCUCCCAGAUUACUGGAGAGGGCUAUUCAGAGGUUCCUGAACAGAUUGUCAAGGAUCUGGGUGAUGCCCUUGCUGAUGUUGGGUUCAUUUACGCAGAGAAUCACGGCCUGUCGUACGAUCAGGUGCUUCGCCAGUACGCUCUGAGCCAGCACACCUUCGACAAGAUUUCCCAGAAAGACAAGGAAGAGUUUACAGCCGAUAUCAUAAACACAGGUAGCUACUGUGGCUACAAGCAAACGGGCCACUGGAAGAUUGAGAAUGUGGCUGACAGUAUCGAACAGUGGAAUUUCGGAUCAGCUGCCUACGCGCGUGACGUGGCUGAGAAGAAGUACCCAAAGUCAAUCCAUCCAUUUUUGGACGAAAUCCAUGAAUUCGCUCGGUUUAACCAUGACGUGGUGGUCCGGAAGAUCCUGUCAGCCUUGUCUCUUGUGCUGAAAGUGCCCUAUGACUACCUGUGGAAUCUAUCCAAAAAGUACGAGACCGAAGGAGAUGACUUUCUGCGCUACAUGCUUGUACACCGCCCUCCAAAGGAAGACGACAUUGCUUCCAAAGGUGUGCGUAUCCAAGGCCACACAGACUUUGGCAGCCUGACUGUCCUCUGGUCACAACCCAUUGCGUCACUGCAGGUGCUAGGCAAGGACAACAUCUGGCGUACCGUGGGACACAAGCCGAAUGCCUUGAUUGUCAACCUCGGUGACUCUCUACAUUUCCUCUCGGGUGGCUAUCUUCGCGCAACUAUUCAUCGUGUCAUUGCCCCACCGGAGGACCAGCUUCAGUACCGCCGCCUCAACGUUCUCUACUUCUCCAUGUUUGACAAUGACACCAAGCUUCUUCCCAUUGAAGAAUCUCCGGUGGCUCAAGAGGCUUACAAGUCUCACAAGUUCUGGGAGGAGCGAACCCGCAACGGUGAGUCUAUUCCUACCUCUCAGGAAUGGAAUGCGUGGCGUAUUUCUCGCUAUGGUCAGAAGUACUCCAAGCUGGGUGAGGAUGGUCACCACCAUGAAGUAAUCGCUGGCCACAAUGUCACUUUAUACAACGACACUGUACCUAAGCCGUUGCCCGAGGCUAUCUCUACAUAG